GUCGUUAUAAAUUGGGUACUAAACAAACUUGACAGCUUUUAUUGAUGGGCUAGGUUCUAAAGGAGCUGCCAUAAUUCUUAGGAAUUCUUGCAUUCGACAGUUUUUAAUAUAGCUUAUAGUGAUAGCUUAGGUUUUAAAGGAGCUGCUAUAAUUCUUCAAGAAUUCCUCUGGUGAUGAGCUCUAAUGUGGUAAUGCUGCAUUGCUGCUCAAAAUCAGUUUAUUCUCUUCAAAAAAAUCGUGGAAGUGCUGUUAAUAUGGUGGAAAUGAAUGGUAAUUUAAUCAUGCUGCAUUCAUGUCCGGUUAUGCUGAAUUGCUGCUAUGGUCAAAAUGAAUGGGCCAAGAAGGAGCUAUGCAUUGGUAACCAGUGGCUUCCAACAUCUAAAUUGAGCAAAAAAAAAAAAUCAAACAAGACUGAUAGCUUAUUCAGUAGGUACAAGGAAUUAAAGAAUACAAAGGCUAAAAAUCGGGAGAAGGGAUGACGAACAUAGUACAAUUAUUCACCUUUAUUUUUUAUGGAAAUGAGUAAAACUAUAAGGCUUAACAUAGUAACUGCCCAUUGCUCACUCUCAAAUGCCCAGGGACCUGGAUCAAGCGCGGAACUCAUUCGUAACCUAUUUAAGCAUGAUUUAUGUAUGUGAACCCAUCAAUAUCUUUUCCAGAUUAGAGUCAUCAUUGGCUUAAUUAAUAGUGUAUAUCUAUUUGAUCCAAAGGAUGUCUUUCUUUAAAUGGAUGUUCCUAAGAGCUAUUGACAAGUCUGGCAUGCCAUCAUCCAUAGCCCCCUUCCUCAUUUAGUUGACAUAAAACCUCCCAAGCUACCUUAGCAUUAUUAUGUCCAUCUCAAAGAAACUGUUUGUAAUGUGAGAUGGUAUUAUUAUAGAAAAGUAAAUGUAGGAAGGAAUGUUUUAUUGGUAUUCAUGUCA